AUAUGGAAUUUAUCGGGUUAGGGUUAAGGCCUCUCAUCUGUGGAACGCUGCGAAAGGCGGUCAAGUUUUCAUCACAUUCUGCCAGACUAAUCCGCCGUACUUCCAAAACUUCUGGAUCAUUCAUGAUCGAUCCUAUGAGAUGCUUGAAGUCCUGGACUCAGAGAGCGAAGAUUGCAUCUGCGGUUGAUACCCCCUUUAUUUUUGUUUAUUGUGUACUGUGACAGCCAUGGCGCCUCCCUACGAACACCAGUCAAAAAAACGCCGUCUGGACACCGAGGAUGACGGCGCACCACCAAACUUCAGGGCACCGUCCCGGUUCCGGCCAACUGAGCCGCGAGAGUGGACCGUCUCCAUUGCCGUGCCUACGAGCAUAAUCACGGACUGCGUCACACGAGAGCAAAGGACGACGAAUGUUGGCCGUGUUGCACGGGCCCUAGCCAUCUUUUCUGUCGACGAGAUCGUCGUCUUCGAUGACAGCCCUGUCGAUCAGCGCAUCACCAACGCCGACCCAGAUGCCUACACAGGCGAUGUGGAUCCGGCGCACUUCAUGGAGCAUCUCCUGACCUACCUUGAGACGCCUCCCUUCAUGCGCAAAGUUCUCUUUCCACUGCACCCAAAUCUAAGAUCCCAGGGCCUGCUCCCCAACCUGGAGAUGCCGCAUCACCCGCACAAGGACGAGUGGCUACCGUACCGGGAGGGGAUGACGCUGGAAACGCCGCCAAAGGCGGGGAAGGGCACGGUUGUGGACAUCGGUAUGCCCAGCACCGUGACAAUAACCGAAUCGAUCCCACCUAGGACUCGGGUGACGCUUAAGAUGCCCGACGACUCCUAUGGCACGCCGGAACCGAUUCAUCCUGCCGCGCCUAGGACGGAAGCAGGUUACUAUUGGGGCUUUAGCGUGCGGAAAGCCUCAUCGCUAUCAAACGUCCUCACUGAAAGCCCAUACGAAGACGGCUACGACAUGAGCAUCGGCACCUCGGAGCGCGGCCUCCCUCUGUCAAAAGCAUUCCCCAGCUACGAACCAGCCAACUUCAACCACUUACUGAUCGUCUUUGGCGGCCCACGGGGCCUGGAGUUUGCGGCCAUGAACGACCCGCAACUAGGCGAGAUGGGCAUUGCCGGCCCGCGGACAAAGGAGCUGUUCGACCACUGGGUGAACGUGCUGCCGAAUCAGGGAACGAGGGGCAUCAAGACAGAUGAGGCGCUGUUAAUAGCGCUGACCGGGCUAAGGAGGUUGUGGGAUAGCAGUUGAGCUGGCGGUGCAAUGCCAGCAUGAAUUCAACCACGGCGCUGUUCAAGUCUUGACCGCAGAAAUUCUACCCGU